GCGCCUCCCGAAUUAAAAAGUUAAAGAUAACCUUGUUCGAAAAGUAAAUAAACAACGCGAGUGAUAAAAAACGUGUUUGGAUUUGGAACAUUUAUGUUAACGUUUUCUUGUGUGCCAGUGUUUUUUACUUUGUUAUAAAUUGUUUCCGAGACAGGAAAUAAGCAUACAAUGCUGACCUAUCAGGGUAAUAAACUAAUAACAAUGAAAUAAGGUAAUCUCAACAUUUACAAAGAAAUAAUUAUAACAAAGCAUGCUAUGCAACCAGCUGAAGAUUGGAACUGGUUCAUUUUCUCAAAACACGGUGCCUAAAAUUUUGUAACGAUGGAGAGAGAAAACCAAAUGGACCGGCUGAGGAAUCGCCUCAUCAGAAUCCAAGAGAAGAUACAUGACAAAGUAGAAGAUAUCCAAGACAGAGUACAGAAUAAGAUAGAACAGUCAAAACUAUCGCGAUUUGUUUCCCAUAUAUCGAGCGAAAAGAAUUCACUCGACGGAGAUCGGAGUUCAAGAGAAGAUGAUGCCAAUUCUAUCGAUAAGUUAUCGAUAAGUUCCAAUGAGAGGGAGAAAUCGAUACCUCACUUGGUAGUUGAUCAAGCUGAUGAAAAUAUUGAUCCGACAGAGAUGGAAGCAAUCAAAGCGUGUGAAGGUUUCAUAAAGAUGGAGAAGAAUAAUGUUUUGUUUACGAGAAGAAGCUUAUCGGCGACCAAUUUGGCGUUUGACAGCGAUGAAAGCGAAAGAUCGAGUGACUCCUGUGUAUCCAAUGAACUUUUUGAAGAUGCGAGGCCAGAACCUCGCCCACGCUCCGGGAGCCUGCCGGGCGCUCACACGGUACUACAGAACCAUCUGGACAUCCCCCCUGCCUUCAGCACAUGCACAGAGCUGAUCGAGAGGCUCGGCAACCGCUUUCCUCGUCUCAAGGAGAAGGGCGACCGGCUGCAUAGGUAUCUACUAAAGAACACACGACUAAGCGACGUGAACAAAAGGCUCAAAGCUCAAAUAUGGAGUUCAGUAGUCACCAUCGUGUUGGUAGAAGCGAAGAAUCUCCCUGCCAUGGAUAUGGACACGAGGUCUAGCGACCCUUACUGUAAAUUUAGGUUAGGUAACGAGAAAUACAAAAGCAAGGUCGUAUGGAAGUCCUUGCAUCCGUCGUGGCUGGAGCAGUUCGACCUGCACCUCUACGAUGACCAGGAACAGAUCCUAGAAGUCACCGUGUGGGACAAGGAUAAGCAGACCAAAGAUGACUUCCUAGGAAGGUGUACAAUAGACCUGUCCCGCCUAGAACGCGAGAAGACUCACAGCAUGUGGCAAGACCUAGAAGACGGAAACGGGCAGAUCUUCUUACUUCUUACCAUCAGCGGGACCACGCAGAGUGAGACCAUCACCGACCUCACCAGUUACAAGGAGAACCCGAGGGAUAUUGAGAUUAUUGAGAAGAGAUACACAUGGUAUUACCUGAACGAGCAGUCGAGCGGCGUGGGCUGGCUCUGCGUAAAGGUCUACGGCGCGAAGGGCCUGGCUGCCGCAGACUUGGGGGGCAAAUCCGACCCCUUCUGCGUGCUAGAACUGGGUAACUCCCGGCUACAGACUCAUACGGAGUACAAAACGCUUGCGCCUAACUGGAUGAAGAUCUUUACUUUCACAGUGAAGGACAUAAGCUCAAUCCUGGAGCUAACGGUCUACGAUGAAGACCACGACCACAAAGUGGAGUUCCUUGGCAAACUGGCGGUGCCUCUCCUCAGCAUCAGGAAUGGAGAGAAGCGGUGGUACGCGCUCAAGGAUAAGAAGAUGAGGACGAGAGCAAAGGGGAAUUAUCCGCAGAUACUGCUGGAGAUGACUGUGAUAUGGAACCAGCUGAAAGCUGCAAUCCGAGUGAUAAACCCGAAGGAACCAAAGUACAUGCACCAAGAAGCCAAGUUCAAGCGACAGCUGUUCAUCCGCAAUGUCAUGCGGCUGAAGGCCAUCAUCAUGUGGUUUAUAGAGAUUGGGAAGAUUUUACAAGACUGUUUUGAAUGGGAGUCCCGCGUGCGUUCGUUCUUCGGGCUCCUAGUGUGGUUAGCCUUCUGCUACUACUACGAGAUGUGGAUGCUGCCCUUCCUCAUCCUAGUCUUCUUGACUAGGAACUGGCUCAUCUACAGGCUCACUGUUGAAUACGAAGACACCCGAAUAUUUCAAGCGUUUAAGCCGUAUUUGCCAAGAAUAAGGGGCAAUCCACUGUUACAACCGGUGGACGAUGAAGACCUGCUGGCCGAAGAAGAUGACGAGGAAGAAGUGGAUAAGGAGGAGAAGAAAUCUCUAAAAGAGAGGCUGCAAGCUAUUCAGGAGGUGACGCAAACGGUGCAGAAUGCUAUCGGCUACGUCGCCUCAUUAGGAGAGGCUGUUAAAAAUUUAGCGAACUUCACGGUGCCAUAUCUUAGUUACAUCGCGAUCAUCAUGCUCUUUGGGGCCAUGGUGGUUCUGUAUAUGAUACCGCUGCGAUACCUGCUCAUGGCAUGGGGCAUAAAUAAAUUCACGCGCAAAAUACUCCGGCCACACACUAUACCGAACAACGAAGUCUUGGAUCUGCUCUCGAGGGUCCCGGACGAUGAGAUUUUGUUGGACUGCCGCGAGUUGAAACCCCACUCUUCCACCGAGCACCGCCGUGAUGCUCGCAAGAAGCACAAGGCAUCAUAACGCGGCAGCUUGCGCCGUCGGCUCGCCGGCUAUGUCGCCAAGUUGAGGGUUAAACUGUAGGUAGUACUUGCCACGGAUUAUGCAUGUAUAGGACUAACAAAGUGGUGAAAAAUAUAUUCUAAAAUUCGACAGUAUAGUUUGAGAUGACAUGAAGAGUUAUAAAGUUAACUCUUUGAACGCCAAUCGUCGAAUGGAUCCUCUUCAUUCUUGGUAUUGACAUUCUGGUCCAUAAAUCAUUAGUCCUGGAGUGUUGCUGUUCUUACAGUUUUAGCAGCGUUACAGCCCAGCCACGACAUUGGUCUAAGCGCGACAGCGGUGAGCGGCAGCCAUACGUGCGAAUGAAAAGUCCCAUCGUUGUGUCUCGCUCCAAUAUAUGGCCGCCGCUCACCGCUGUCGCGCUUAGACCACUGUCGUGGCUGAGCCGUUAUGGCGUUAAUUUUGCGUUGACUUGACGCGGCGUUUAUGGCGUUCAAAACGUUACAAAAUUACAUUUUGAAGAAUUACUUACCUCGCCAAAUUAUGUACCCCAUGAGAUAUGGUAUGAAUAAAUAAUGUGUUCAA